CGACUGCGCUUCGAAUACGAUGCGGCCGAGGACACAGGCAGCGGUAGUUGUCUGCUCUGUUGUUGCGUUGCCAAGUCACGCCGGCGACUCCGAGGCGCUUACGUAUUCGAUUCUCAGGGUUGCGGGCGCCAAGAGAGCGAGAGAUUCGCACGCGUGCAGAGCGGCAAGAAGGGGGGGUUCCAACUCCCGUGCAAUGGGUUUGUCGUCUAGUCUCGUUUCCGAAAACAAUAAACUUCCAGCCUUUUCGGUGGUCCUUGGGAGGCGGAACUGGAAUUUCCAGUGCUCUUGGUUGUACGCGACAUAUCCUCAUACACGGAUUUGCGUACACAUUAUGGGUAGAUGAACCCUGCGUGGUGGUUCCUCUACAGUUUUUCUCGCUUUCAUCUCUGGGUGUGUUUGUAUGCCUCCCAUCUUCACUCCUUUUUUCGAGCCGAUCUUUUUGUUCAUUCUACAUAUCUGAGAUUAUGGGUUUUUGUCUCGUGUCACGCUCAAAAACGUCAUUUUUCUCCCGGGAACGUUGCCGGACAAGAGGGCGGGAGGAAGAGACCAGCCAGCGGGUGAAGCUGCCUAUCUCGCAAAACUCCACCUUUUCUGUUUGGCCUUUUCUUUUCUAAGGCAGCUUACCAUCUUGCAUGUUUGUCACCCUGUGCUCUACGGUCCUUCCCUCCUCACGCACGCAGUUGUUUGCCUCCCGUACUUUCGUUGUUUUUCGUCCACCCACCAGAGUUCCGACAGUUGUUCUUUGCCACUUUGAUCGAAUCCAAACCCGGCGCCGCUAAACAGUUGCUUUUGUCGGUCUCUCACAUCUUCUCCUUUUCUUCCGUGAGCGUCCUUGCUUCCGUGUCUUUUGAGACUCUGUGACGCACCUUCCUUUGUCUACCGCACUCUCAAGUGUCAUCGUGCGGCCCGUCGUCUCGAAGGUGUAUGUACAGCUGACGCUCUGGUGCAGUGCGCAUGAUUGAAACGCGAAAAUGGCGGGACCGUUGCUGCGGAUAACUCCCGAGAAGGUGAUCGAGUUUCCGGUGGUUCUCUUCAGCUCGUCUACUGUCGAGUUGCACUUGGAGAACACUGCUGAUACGUUCGUCGCAUUCAAAAUCAAGACCACAGCGCCAAAGAGCUACCUCGUGCGUCCAUCGACAGGAAUUAUUCCGCGAGGGGGCAAGGAAGUUGUCCAUAUUGUCCUGCAGCCGCUCUCGGAAGAGCCGACGCGUCCGUGCAGCGACCGCUUCCUUAUUCAGUCUACCGCUGUAUCCUCGGACGCUCCGUUGGCUCGUGACUACUGGCAAACCCUAGAUCGUGAGCGAAUUGAAGACACACGUCUGUCUGUCGUCUACCGCACGAGUGGCUCUUCAGGUGACCAUGUGGGCGGUGCCGGCAUGAGCGCAGCCGAAGGAAGCGGCUCGUCCAGCCGCGGAGGGUAUGGCGGCGCGAGUGGCAGCCAGGGCGGCAGCUAUUCCGCGGAUUUGAAGAGCCGCUACGACCAGCUGGUCGAAUACGCCUUGGCAUUGGAGCGACAUAAAGACGAACUCGUGAAGGAGAACGAGGCGCUUAAAGCCCAGCUCGGGCGCAAGGGCGCUACACAGAAAAGUGGCGGGAUGGGUGUGUUCGAGCUCUGGCAUAUCCCCGUGUACAUUUUCAUCGGUGUCGUCAUCUGGUAUUUUUUUGGCAGGUCGGCGGAAAUCACUAAGUAGAAGCGGCGACAUGGAGAAAAAUGGUGGAAGAGCUAGGAGAGAGGAGGAACGGACUCCGGCCGUCUGCUUUUGAAAUGCACGUAUCGAUCUACACUUGGGAAGUUGCGCACGUGCAGAGUAUUGCUGAGGAAAGGAUGACGUGAAGAGUCAAGUGAAAACCCAUACUCACGCUCGAAUGUGUACGCUGGAUCUCUGUCUUCGGUUGCUGUCACCAUUCGUAAAUGUACAUGUUUGCGUGUGUGCAUGCAUAUGGGUACGGAGAUAUAUGCAUGCCUAUUGGUCAGCGUGGCAGUGUCGACGGGGAGGCUCACCUCGAAAGCAUCGGAGCUGAAUCCGGGUGUCGUUUGAGUCCUACGCCUCGUUGGCCUCAAAGGGGUAGGGGACUGCAUAUUGAAAGAAGUCGUGCCAGUGACUGAUCCUUCCCCUGACAGUGGUACGGUUUGUCUUCUCGCACACAUGAGGACACAAUCAUUCCGAAUUUUGCUGGCAAGGGCGAAGAUUCCGGUCGCUUCUUCGUUGUCGGGAUCAGAGCAGAGAGAAUGGACAGGCUUCGUUGAAGAGUUCGUUUUUUCGUUCACCUCGUCACAUUUAUCUUGGUCCUUCCUCUUUCGGUGUCUCGACACGUGUGCGGACAACAUCUCGAACCUGUCCGUUUCUUCGCUCCUCUUUCCCGCCGGAAAAUGUGCAAAUUUCCACCGACGUGAAGUGUGGCGUCACGCCCAUUCUAUUGUGCAGUUCGUCGUUAACCGGUAGCUCGUUUUUCCAGUUUCAGAGCAGUUACAACAUUCAUAAUAGAACUAGAAGAGAAUCUGCAAAGACAUCGCUACAUUCACUCCGACUCAGUUCAGGAGUUACCUUCCGGUAGCCAAUGUUCCUUAGGAUCUCGACCUGCGACCUGCAGGUAAUUACAUAUAUAUAUAUAUAUAUAUAUAUAUACUCGAUAACGCUUCUGGAUCAUGCUUGGAUUAGCACUGAUAAUCGCAGUAGAUUUCCACAAUGACAAGAAACAGCUUCAUUGUGAGUUGCUUCCUCGCCUUUAUGCUCACGAAUGCAUAUGAAGUAACUGCUGCUGCGUCCGAUGUGGAGCCAAGGUUUAAACUGCCACCGGCAUCUCAUUCUUCUGUAGUCUUCGUGUUCCAGACUGGGGCGUGCUGUACACAUCUGUCGAUUAUUUUGGGGGGAAUACCAAUUCUCUAUGAACGGUCUCUCCUUACACAUUGUCGUUGUGGUUCCUGUAGUAAUUUUCGCCGUGUUGAAUAGUGCUAUUUGGAGCCGCUCUGUAGUUUCCCCUGGGUUUUGGCUUUCAAGAGCAAGUGAGGAAGUUCGAAUACUACGUGAAAAGUGAUUUUCCUUUCGAAGCAAAGCGUCAGAUGCUGACUUGCCUCGACCGCAUCUAGUCACCCCGAUUCCGAUGUAGCAAACUGCGCUAUAGGGAACGUCAUCCCGUGGCCUACGGCCGGCUAGAGAAAGCAGCGGUGCUGUAAGGGUACAAGCUCGGCAACCGAGCGAGCUAAGUUCCGCUCACAUAUAAAGAGUAGAGAUACGCGAAAAGAAACCUGUUCAAAUACGACCGAGCGAGCUAGUGCUGAGAGAGCGUCUUCCCUCACCACCAAAAGUCGUCUCCGCUGCUGUUGUUCGCAACUCUGGCGACGAGACACGCUUGCACUCCAGCGGAGGAUCACGUUUCACAAUUUCGUCUUUGCUUUUUUCGUCUGGGAUGCGAACUUGCUUUCACUUUUGUCUCCGUUUAUCUCGCCGGUUUGCUUCUAUUUCUUCUACAUGAUUUUUCUCUUGUCCGCGCGGUCGCAAGCGCCGUUCGAGGCCUACUUGGGAAACGGGUUUUCCCCGGAUCUCCGUUUAUGUUUUUGUUCUCGGGCCGUUCCAGUACCCGAUUCUUUAUCACCCUUUGCUCCGCAGUUUUACAGCCGAGACCGGAGAGACCGGAGAUCAGUGAAAUUUGUCCGUUGUCUGUAGUUUCCGACUUUCCACUUCGUGUUAUUGGCUUGUGAGCGCGUUUGCUUCGCGGGGGACUCCCUGUUCGGACUACAUAUACGCCGUUGGGGGUAACCGGAAACCCGGUUUCGCGUUUCGGUUGUUUUGUUCCGUUGUGGCUUCUCUAUUUCUUUCUCUCGCUUUUCUCUGUUUCCAGAGGCGGAAGGCUUUUUCGUCUGUCUCCGCACAGAAGACUUGGUCGGCUCCGCCGACUCGUGGUCUAUGUGCCGAGGCGAGAUUUUCACUGGGAGAAGAAACACGCUGUCUGUGGGUCUUGCCGGCUUUGGGGGACAUGUACAGCCCGUACAUUUUAUUCUAAACAUUUUCCUAUGGUUUCCUCUGCUUCGCGAGACCAUCGGCGGACUCUGAAUCUUCAUGAGUGGUCGCGUUUCCGCUUAAAAUGUGUCCACGGCCGGCCUGCCGCUUUUUCUUCUUGUGCGCUGACGGUCAGUGUCCAUGCGUUUUUAUCAAGGCAGAACUAAAGAUCGCUUCUCUCUUAUAUUGUGUGGCGUUCCGAGUGCUCCGUUGCUGACGUCUCCGUUUGUUGUUUUGGUUGUCCCCGGCACGUUGCUCGUCUCGGAGUGGAUCGGUUAGCAACUAGACUUGGGUGAAGGCUGCCCCGUAGUUUCCGGGGAGCACUUUCCUUUUUCCGUUCAUUCCGUUGUUUGAAAGUCCAGGGACCACUGGACUUCUUUUGGCAUUUAAUGGUCUGUAGUAAGUUGUGUACACGCUCUUCUUCCGACUUGACGGCGCUUUGUGUGGACAUUUCAAAACCGUAUGUGUAUGUAUAUUUAUUUGUUGGGUUCGAAUCGUUUUCCGCUUCUCUCGCUGUGGUGAGGGAGAAUUUUACGUU